AUAAACAACGAUUUGAAUCAGAAGGUAUGUCUUUUUGCUAAGUUUUUAUGGUUUAACUGUUCAUUAUUGGGCUUUCUGUCACAGUACAGGACAAGUCGAGUUUACAGUACAUCAAACAGAUGAACCUAUGCUUGAAUACGAAGGAAUGAGGUGUUGUCGAAGAUUCACAGUUCCGAAUUUGGAUUUAAACAAUAAAAAAAAUCACUACUUGUCCUUCUAUUCAAAUGGAACAAAGAAUUACUCGGCAAACCGUUAAAGACAAAUCAAAUGGCAACAUACAGCUGAAUGACCAUAACAAGAAGAAGAUUCGUAGGAAAAAGGCAAAAUCAUUAGCUAAGAAAAGUUCGAAAAAAGUAUCGAACGCUUCAUUACAAAGUUCAAUGGUUUCAGCAUUAUUUCCACGAAAACGGAAAUGUGACCAGAUAAUAAAAGAACCAAAAGCAAAGGUAGCUAAGGCAUCAGUGCCAUCUACAAAAACAAAGGUAGCUAAGGCAUCAGUGCCAUCUACAAAAACAAAGGUAGCUAAGGCAUCAGUGCCAUCUACAAAAACAAAGGUAGCUAAGGCAUCAGUGCGAUCUACAAAAACGAAGGUAGCUAAGGCAUCAGCGCCAUCAACAAAAACAAAGGUAGCUAAGGCAUCAGUGCGAUCUACAAAAACGAAGGUAGAUAAGGCAUCAGUGCGAUCUACAAAAACAAAGGUAGCUAAGGCAUCAGUGCCAUCUACAAAAACAAAGGUAGCUAAGGCAUCAGUGCGAUCUACAAAAACAAAGGUAGCUAAGGCAUCAGUGCCAUCUACAAAAACAAAGGUAGCUAAGGCAUCAGUGCGAUCUACAAAAACGAAGGUAGCUAAAGCAUCAGUGCCAUCUACAAAAACAAAGGUAGCUAAGGCAUCAGUGCCAUCUACAAAAACAAAAGUAGCUAAGGCAUCAGUGCGAUCUACAAAAACAAAGGUAGCUAAAGCAUCAGUGCCAUCUACAACAACAACUGCCAAAAAGAAUAAAAGGUACUCGAAAGAUUCUUCAAUACCAAGGACUGAAAAAAGAGAAAGAGGAAGACUGUGUUCCCUCCAACACCAUCGUACAAAAAAACCCGAAGAAAUUAAUUCAAAAGAUAUUAAAUCUGACUCAAUAAAACCAAAGAAAUCUACAAAGGUAAAACGACAACAACGGAUACAUUUGAAAGUAACUUCUUUAACAUGUAAUAGUAUGAUGAAAAGGAAAAGAACAAAAGCUUUGGAUUUAAAAAGUGAACGAAAAAUGGAGAAAAAUAACCAACAGAAAAAGAAACUUUUAAUAACAAAACCUCCAAACAAAAGUAGACGUCAGAGAUUGCCGUCAAAGGAUAUUCAGUUUGAUAAGAUAAAAGAGACUACGGAUAAAACGUCGUUCAUCCAUCCAUACUUAAGUUUUGAUACAAAUCUUCCAAAUCUUGUGUCCAAUAUAUGUUGUGUUGACCAAAACACUUUAUGGAUAGGACGAAUGGCUUAUGGUAGCAUCUUGAAGGUGACAUACAAUUCAUCAAAAACACUUACCAUCGUAAAAGAAUUUAAGCACCCGCAGUGUGAUUUUUAUGACUUUUGCUAUGAUGGGAACAAGGAUCAAAUAUUAUACACGGAUCGAAGGAACAACAGCAUAAUGUCUAUUUCCUCAAAGUAUAAGCUGACAAAGUUCAAAUGUGUAAAACCGCUGAAACCAACAUGUAUAACAAUUUCUCCGGAUGACUUUAUUUUCUGUGGCCUUGUCGAUGAGUAUUCAUAUCAGGCAUCUCCAAAAAGAGAAAUCGUGAAAAUGGCAAAAAAUGGGACAAUCAUUAUGCGAAUCCCAUCAAUUAAUGACAAUCUUGUACGUUUUUCUAUGUCCCACCGAAUUGCUAUUCACCCUAACAAUGAUAUAGUAAUAGCAGCUAACGACAUAAAUGGGGGAGUGAUACUCAUUUUUGAUCCUGAAGGGCAAAGUAAAUAUUCCAAAACAGUUACAGGCCCUGGUGUACGUUUUCAGCCGAGGGGAUUGACAAUAUCCAGAGGAGGCGAUAUUGUAGUUUGUAAUGAGUCAAAUGGAGAAAUUUAUAUUUAUGAUGUCAAGGGACAAUUAAUGGAAACAAUAAAAUCUCAAUCAAUUGGAAUAACCGACAUACCAUGGAGUUUAGCUUUUGACAGUAGUGGUCAUUUAGUUAUUGGCACUAUGGUUAACUAUCAACCGAAUGUUCCGACUAUUUGCUUUGCUGAAUAUCUCUACCGCUAACCAUGUUGAAGACCAAGCCAUAUUGCAUGCCAAAUAUUUGAUGACUUAAUUUAUUCUGUGUAAAGGAGAACGGUUUAAACUAAAACAUAUCAAUUUAUUAAAAAAAUAACUAAAAUGGUCUAAUUACUCAUAGGCAUUUGGUGAUUGAAACAGUAAAUACCAAGUGCGCAAGUUAAAUGAAAGAAUACCUGGCUUUUGAAAUUGAAAUACCAUUGAACAUUAUUAACCUUAAACUACUGAAACAGAAUUACUACGCCACAGCAAAAUUCUCCGGCCGUUAAUAUAAAUAAUGACUUAUGAAUUACCCUUCCAAAAAUUUACGGACGUUACCACGAGUUCACCGUUAUGGAAUAUCUGUUGCACAGAUGAUGACGGAACUGUUGUAAUGUUGUUAUUGUUGUAUUAUAAAUCCCGUCUCCUUUCCUCGAAUGUGACCUACUGAAUUUGAC